CGCACCGGCAGCUCGCACCCCGACCUGCGCGUGCGCGCGCACAUGAACGCGCUUUCGGCCUCCUUCAGCGCGAUGGCCGAACAGCUCCAGGCGGCGUCCAAGACGUUCGUCUCCGCCACCCCCGGCGCCUCCGCCGGGCCCUCGCUCGACCCGAGCGCGGUCCUGGCCGCGCUGAACGAGCUCUCCUCGCGGAUCGACAAGGUCGAGCGCGCGCAGACCAUGCUCAACGAGGACUUCGACGACCUCCGCAGCCAGAUGGACCGCCUGAGCACGACGAGCGACAGCCGCGUGCAGAGCAGCGCCGCGUCGGAGAUCCAGGAGGAGCACACGCCGAAACCGUCCGAGAAGCGGACGCCCGGCAUCGCGGAGGAGGACAUGGAGGCCGUGAUGGGCCGCGUUACCACGCAGCUGGAGACGCGUAUCGCGGAGCUCAUCGAGAACUUCAGACUCGACCAAAGCCGUCUCUACGCGCGCCUGCACAACGCGACAUGCACGCAGCAGAAGAUGCAGAUCAAGCCGCUCCCCAUGAAGAACGGUAAAACUCCCGCCAACUUCCCCAACACCAAAGGCGAAUUCGAGCAUCUUACCAGUUGCGAACGCUAUGAGUACAUCCUCAAGAGCUACGACCAGCCCAUCAGGGGCGAUACCGCAGCCAAGCGGGAUGCGUGCAGGGUCUUCCUGGGCCUACCCCCUCCUUAA